AUGUAUGUCAACGACAUCAUCCUGACUACAUCCUCGCCAGCGCUACUUCAGCAGAUCACAGCUCGCCUCGGCACCAAGUUCGCCCUCAAGGACUUGGGAGACCUCCACUACUUUCUCGGCAUCGAGGUUGUCCGCCAUGCCACUGCCUUCUUCCUGCAUCAGCAGAAGUAUGCCUACAAGCUUUUGGAGCGAGCCGGCAUGCUUAACUACAAGCCUGCUCCCACGCCCGUCGAUACGAAGGCUAAGGUGUCCGCCAUCGAGGGCUCUCCAGCGUCCUACGCUCCCUUCUACCGCUCCAUCGUCGGUGCUCUUCAGUACUUCACACUGACGCGUUCGAAUAUUCAGUAUGCUGUCCAGUAG